GAUCAUAUCCUCCAGCAGCAGCAGCAACAUCAUCCACAUCCACGCACACGACACAGAGGCUCACACGCAUCCGAGUGAAACGCAGCAUCAUGACCAUCAGGAACACUCUGCGGGAUUACGGGCAGAGGUACCGACCACGGAUGGCUUGUCUCAAGAAGGCUGAGAAGGUGCUGCUGGAGAUGCAGGACCCCAAAGCAGGAGUCAAGUCACAGCUGCAGAGACUGGUUAUCACCACAAUACCCCACGCCAUUACUGGUGAAGACAUCAUCUCCUGGUUGGCAGACAGAUUCCAAAUAGACACACAAGAGGCGAGGAGUGUAGGCUCCAUGCUGGUGGCGUUAGGAUACAUCUACCCUCUGCAAGACCACAAACGCUUGUUGCUCAAACCAGAUGCGUCGCUCUAUCGCUUCCAGACGCCGUACUUCUGGCCCACGCAGCAGUGGCCUGUGGAGGACACGGAUUACGCAAUCUACCUGGCGAAAAGAAACAUACGUAAGAAAGGAAUCCUGGAGCUGCACGAGCAGGAGCAGUACAACCGCCUGCACAAGUGGAUGAAUCACAAGUGGGAUUUCAUAGUGAUGCAGGCUAAGGAACAGUACAGGGCUGCUAAGGAGAGGAAGAAACCCGACCGUGUGGUUUUUGAAUGCCAGGAGAGAGCGUACUGGGUGGUUCAUCGACCUCCGCCGGGGACGCUCAGUGCCAUGGACUACGGACUGGACAGACGAAUAGACCCGAAUGGAGACGAGGCAACAACACCAGACGUCUAUGAGAGAAUCAUGAUCUUCACCCAGCAGUCCAUCAUGAGGCCCAGAGUCAAGUCGUCCGUGUCCAUCGGAGCGUUGGUGAAACACUGCGCCACCUACAAAAGCCACGACCCCUUCCUCUCCACGUGUCUUCCCAGUAACCCCUGGCUCACCGACGACGUCACAUACUGGACCCUGAACAUGCCCAAUGUGGAAAUCCCGACUAAAAUGAGCGUGGAGAGGUGGACGUUCAGCUUCGGAGAUCUGCUCUCAGACCCGAGGGGACGAGACGAUUUCAGACUCUUCCUGAGGAAAGAAUUCAGCGGUGAGAACUUGGCAUUCUGGGAAGGUUGCGAGGAUCUGAAGUGGGGCGCAGCUGCAACGAUGAGCGAUAAAGCAGAACAGAUCUACAAGGCCUUCCUGGCUCGUGGUGCACCGCGGUGGAUCAACAUCGACGGAAAGACAAUGGAGAUCACAGUCAAGGGCCUGAAGCACCCGCACAGAUACGUCCUGGAUCCAGCCCAAACCCACAUCUACAUGCUCAUGAAGAAGGACUCGUUCGGGCGCUACUUGAAAUCUCCGGUCUUUAAAGACACGUUGAAGAAGGCCAUCUGUCCUGACGAGCACAAGUUCACUGACACUCAGCUGGAGCAGAAUGCGAAGAACAGACGGCCGAGCCUCAGCCCCAUCGUCCUCCGGCAGCAGGACCAGGAGAUGAGGGCCAAGAUGGCGGCCAACGCCCCCGUCGACAUCACACAGCUGUGCCGCUACACCACCCCUGUCCCCCACCUUGCUGUCUACUCUGGUUUCAACGACUCCCCCCCUCCCGACGCCUCACCCUCCCUCCCUUUCCUGGCCCACACCCCGGCCUGCCCGUCCCCCAUCAGCGUGGCCUUAGACAGCACCUCGGCCUCCGAGCGGCGAGCGGAGGCCAGUGAAGGAGAAAGAGGGGGGGACCCGGAGGCCCAGGUCCCCUCAGGUGGGAGCUCGUCCAAGUCUCGGAUGCCUCUGUCGCUGCGCCGCCUGCUGAAGCGGGGCUGCACCCCCUCCACCGUGUUCGCCAGCUUGUCGCCUAAAUACCACUCAGCUGCCGGGGCAAGUAGCCGCAUUCAGCCAAUCAGCCCCGAUCAGCCCAGCCAGGCUCCACCCAGACGGAUUGGCAAUUUCUUCCAGAUUAAAGUGGAUAUUCCUCCCGAGUGCCGCAUCUACCCCAUCGAGUCCGAGGACGAGGACGAGGAGGAGAACAGGGCGGCCUCUCGGGGCGGGGUGGGCGCCAAAGAGAUCAUCUGCCCCUGGGAGAGCCUCACUCCGCACAACGGGACGGGCUGACAGUGGAAACCAGUGUGGAACAGACGCAGUGAGUCUGUAUGAACGGGCUGGCAGCAGAUUGUCCACGUGUUCUGACAGAGAUAAAAAGAUCUCACACAGACCGGGGGGGGGGGGGAUGUCAGUGUUUAUUGUCCCAGUGUAAACGUGGUCACAUUCUCACCACCAGGCCACAAACAACAACAUAAAUACCAAACAACAACACUGACACAGAUUUGUCUGUAGAACCAAACUACUCAUGUUCAGUGUUUGGAGUCCGACCGAUGUUUUGUCGAUUUAAUCACAAACAUAUUAAUAUCUGCGUUUAUGUUUGACAAUAUGAGAACUUUCAUUUUACGGAAUAAACAACGCAGAAAAUGUGUUUAUUUCCUUGAUUCAAUUUCGAUAUAUUUGUGUUUUCUUUUUAUUUAUAGUUACUUAUGAUACAUGUUUUGGGUUAAACUGUAAAAUAUCAAGUCUCAGUUACUUAAAAUUGCAAUUACUACGGAAUUAUUGAAAACUUCUUGCAUACCUAUCGGUCGGUAUAUCAGAAUUCUUCCCCCAUCAGUCGGGCUCUAGUAUUAAACAUUCACUGCCUGUAGGUUUUAAAAAGGCCCAGCUCCAUGUCUGCUGUAGCAGGAUCCUCCUCCUCCGCUGCCCGAACAACCUUCACCUUAGCAACGCAGGGCCGUCUCCAGAGUUUUAGAAUUACUGAGGUUAUGAGUCUUCCAGAACAAACCCCUCCUCUCCGAGAAGAGUCACCAGAGGAGGCUGUAAAAGUUUCUGAUUUACUUUAAGCGUUUUUUAUCUUUUCGUUUAACCUUUCGUGACUUUUCCUGAGAUUUAUAUCUGCUUGUGACGGCCCACAGGCUGUUUCUUCACACAACCGAGAAUAUUCAGUAGUUCGGAUGAAACAAAAGAAAAAACACACACACACAGAGAGCUCGGUAAUUUGCAUGUCAUUUUAAAAUGCAAGCCCCUCCUCGGGACGUUCAUAUCCCAGAAAUUGCCAAGAAAUACUGACGGCAUUAAGUCAAUGGAAGCAGUAUGACUAAAGCAACCAAACACUGUAAAUAACGAUAGAUGACCCUAGAGGAUGGCGCCACAUUACGGUCGCAUCGAUACAUGCACGUUUUUAUACCAUCAAACAAAUAUUUUAAACCAGACUUAUCAGAAUAAAUAUCACACAUUCAUAAGCGUGAUAACUAAAAUGAAAGAGAUCAUAUUCAACUUUUUAGUUUGCUCCCUUGUCCCAUCUGCUAACACGGAGGAGGUGGGGUUUCACUUUUCUGCAGCCGUCACUUCAUGUACAGUCUCUGGUUUCGACAUAUCUUUAAUCACUUCACAAGCCUGCAGGCAGUUCAGUGUUUGAUACUCACAUGUUGUGGGUGGAUUAUUUUCCUUUGACUUCAGCCUUAUCGUCCCUGAUCUUUACAGAUGUGAGCACCAGAUGUUUAGCGAGUGCACGAGCAUCCAGGAGCCUCCGAACCUGAGCUGUAGCUUUCACAUUCAAACCUCGUGUCUAUUUCCGACCAGUAGCCCCACAGCAGCCUUAUCCACCUUCACACCCCUCAGAGUUGUGUUUUUUUUAAAACAGGCGAAAUGUAGACGCAGACAUUUUGGAGAAUCAAGUCGGCGGCACGACAACAAAAAGUGCAGAAGCAGAAAUGUGAAUAAUUAUUUUUGUGAUUGCCAAGGAGAGCGAAUACAUUAAUGUUUACAUUCUAGUCCGUGAUCAGCCAAAGCAGAUUUGGACAUACAUCGACUCUGCCUGUGCACAUGCCUGCUAAGAUUAUAGACAAUGUAUUUAUAUAUUUGCUGAAUCCGUUUUACAAAGUGUUGUGCUGCUAAAUAGACGUAGAUGCCUCAUCCCUACUUUACCUCUUUACAACUUUUUAUGUGAAAACACCUGAACAGAUGCAUUUCAGGUGAAACGAGAGCAACUCUUCAUGAAUGAGGUUUGUAACGGAGAGUAAUAGUUUUGUAUUUGGCUCCACUGCUGUUUUGUAGCUGUUGUUUACUGUGCACUACCCUGAAUGAGGUGUUGAUGUUCUUAUCACGUCUCCCCCCCAUAGAAGGUGAUGGUGGUGUGUGUGUGUGCGUGUGUGCGCGUGUGUGUUGGGGGGGUUACAAUGUGAAUUAACCGUUGGAAUGUAUUAUCUUUACCAUGUUUACAGAAGCAAGAAUGUGAAAUAUACCUUGAAUUUGAUGUAUUUGAUUUGAACAUUCCAUGGCUUGUGUCAAGUGCCUCAAUAAAUGACUGUGUCUUAA